CUAUGUCACAUGUAAACUUACCUUGCCGCACGAGGAAGUGUUUGUGGCUGCCUCCUUUCUAGAGGGGAGUGCAGCACGAUGGUUGAGUGGUUUAGUGCAACUACAGGGGUACAGUCAUGACUUCCGCGCUUGGGCAGCCCACCAGAAACUGGAGCACUUUCUCAAGAUGGUGGAAGACAGGUGGCAUGAUCCUCAAGAGGCUCAAAAAGCCACUGACGCGAUCCUGACACUGCACACGAGGCAGUUCAAGUCAGUAAGGGAAGCCACUGAUGCUGUAGAGCGUCUGAUCUGUGUCCCUGGGGUGCGCUAUGACCCCCAGGUCUUACUCACCUCCUACCUGAGAUGCUUUCCCAUGCCUCUCAGGAAUAGUUGGCAGGUGGAGAUCCUUGGUCUCGACAACUCGGUAGCUCAUCUCCAAGACCGCCUUCAACGCGUGGAGCAGCGACCAGUCGCCGCCGCCGACGCAGGCUCUUCCAACACUGCCGACCGCCUCACCGCAUUGGAGAUGCACGUCGGCUCCCUCCAGGAUGGCGCACAGUUACAGCAGACCGCGACACAACAGUUGCAGCAGCGGAUCUGCACUACCGCCACCACCUCGAGUCCGGAGCCGUGCGAGACAACUCCUAAGUUCAAUGGGCAGGAGAUCUUCCACGACUCAAUCAAGACAGAUCCAAUUCCAUGGUUUUGCAAGUUCGAGCUCACGCUGCAGCUCCACAACGUCAAGGAACACAAGCAUCACGCCUACUUGUACUCUCGCUCAGGGGGCGCGUGUCUGGCUUGGUUGGACAACCUGUUGUCCAAGUACGGAGUGGUAGCUAAUGACUUGCACACCAAGAUCACCUGGGAUGAUCUUAAGGCGGCGUGGCACAAGCAGUUCCAGGUGGAGCCGCCAGAGAUCAAAGCCACGGACAAGCUCAUGGUUUUCGAGCAAGGCACGCUGCCGAGCUGUUUACCGGGACCGCAAUGCGCAGCACUUAGCGCUCAUCUCCACACUUACCUUUCCUUCUAUGCACCACCAACUUCGCCGACGGAUGACGAAGUCGCGGUGGGGGACAUCCUGGCGUACGUUACCAAGGUGGCCCGCGAGUUUCGCACGCAGCGGUACGAUAACAACAAUGCACCGCUCAUGUACGUCCGCAUCCAGGUUGGGCAAGCGUCCUGCAGCGCUUUGCUGGAUAGCGGCGCGACUCGCAACUUCAUAAGCCAGUCUUUUACGCAAAGAGCUGGCCUUGGCGCACAAGUUCGGAGAAAGGCAAACCCGACCGCGAUCAAGUUGGCGGAUGGAAAGACGCAGCAACUACUCGACCGUUACAUCGAGGCCGUACCGGUCUACUUCGCACCUCAUGCAUGCGAACCGGUGACAUUCGAUAUUCUCGACACGGACUUCGACAUCAUUCUGGGAAUGCCUUGGCUUGCAAGUGCGGAUCACACGGUCAACUUCCAUCGGCGGACUCUUAGCGUUCGCAACGCCUUCGGCGCGGAAGUGGCGUGUACGAUUCCUCUACUGCACUCUUCGAUCCGGUGCCAAGUGGUGAUGGCCAAAUCAUUCCGGGCGACUUGUGCUUACGAGCAGCCCGAGGAGAUCGGCAUAUGUUUCCUACGGACCAUCGCGGUAGCCGACUCUUCACCCACGGACUUGUCUUCGGACCCCCGUGUGGUACGGUUGCUGGACGAGUUCGCCGACAUCUUCGAGUCACCUACCGGGCCUCUCCCUCGCAUUGACGAUCUUCUCGAGCGACUGGGCGGUGCGAAGUAUUUUUCCAAGUUGGAUUUGAAAUCAGGAUAUCAUCAAAUCUCGAUUCAGCCGAACGACCACUACAAAACCGCAUUCAAGACGCGGUACGGGCAUUUUGAGUGGGUGGUCGUGCCUUUUGGCCUCACCAAUGCCCCGGCGACGUUCCAGGCGGCGAUGACCAAUGAGUUCCGUGCAAUGUUGGACCGGUUCGUUCUGGUCUACUUAGACGAUAUUCUCGUCUACAGCCGGACAUUGGACGAUCAUCUUGGACAUCUUCGACGAGUGUUGGAGACGCUCCGCCGUGCCAAGUACAAGGCCAACCGCGACAAGUGCGAAUUUGUCCGGCAAGAGCUGGAAUACUUGGGCCAUUUGGUCACACCGGAGGGCAUCAGUCCGCUAUCGGACAAGAUUCAGGCCGUCCAAGAGUGGCCGGAACCUCGGAACGUCACGGAUGUCCGCUCGUUUCUCGGUCUUACCGGCUACUAUCAGCGCUUCAUCAAAGGCUACUCCAAGAUCGCGGCCCACUUGAACAAGCUUCAGUGCGAGGAUCGGCCGUUUGACUUUGGCAAGGAGGCGCGGGGAUCAUUCUUCGCUCUCAAAGUCGCGCUAUUGUCUGCGGAGGUCUUGCGAAUCUACGACCCGCUCGCGCCUACGCAUGUCACUACGGAUGCGUCGGGCUAUGGCAUUGUUGCAGUCCUCGAGCAACAUGAUGGUGUGGACUGGCACCCGACGGAGUACUUCAGCGAGAAAGUGCCCCUCGUGCAUUCCAUUGACGAUGCACGCAAGAAGGAGCUCCUCGCCUUCGUCCACGCGCUCAAGCGGUGGCAGCACUUCCUCCUUGGUCGAAGUCAAUUUCAAUGGGUCACGAACAACAAUCCGUUGGUCUUCUACAAGACCCAAGAUACCGUCAACAGCACCAUCGCUCGAUGGAUGGCUUUCAUCGACCAGUUUGACUUCUUUCCCGAUCACAUCCCCGGGAAGUCGAACCGUUUUGCGGAUGCUCUCUCACGGCAUCCGGAUCAUUGUACCGCAGUCUACUCGACGUUCGAGAUUGACGACGACCUGCGGAACAGCUUCAUCCGCGGUUACCAAGCCGACCCCGAUUUUCGCGACAAGGAAGCGAUUUCCAUGGACAUCACCGGCCCGUUCCCCAAGCACAAGACCAGAGUGGAUGGGAUUAUCACGGUGGUCGACCGACUCACCAAGUUCGCCAUGUUUUUGCCUUGUGGCUAUCAUGCCAAGGCACCGGAGUUGGCCAAGGUUUUGUACGCCGGUUGGAUUCGCACCAAGGGUUACCCCAAGGAGAUCGUCUGCGACCGCGACACUCGGUUCACGUCCGAUUUUUGGUUGGCGCUCAUCAAGCGAUGGGGCUCAUCUCUCAAGCCCAGUUCAGCUCGCCACCCUCAGACCGAUGGCCAGACGGAGAGGGCGCAUCAGACCGCACAGGUUCUCCUUCGCACUCUCAUCCGCCCCGACCAGAAAGACUGGGUUGAGCGACUGCCGGACGUGGAGUUGGCCUACAACUCUUCCAUCCACCCGGCUAUUGGGAUAUCGCCCUUCGAGUUCGAGCACGGUUCGCCGGUCACGUCACCGCUGGACACGAUUACUCCACGCACGACCGAGAGUGACGACCAUCUUCUUUUCUUGCGUCGGAUGCAAGAGCUUCUUCCCAAGCGCGAUCAUCCUUCUGAUGGCACUUCGUACUGUAAUGAGCAGCCACCUUGCAUAUUCUUUGGGAGCCUGGCGCGCGAAACGGUGGCCGCUACUGCUGCAGUAUAAUCUUAGGGCCUCGCUGCAAUACUUUCCACAUGCACAAAAGUAAAAAAAGAUGGCAAUG